AUGCAACAUCCCAGCUCAUUCCGGGCCAACUUCGUCGGCACCAUCACGCCCUCGUUGACCUCCAAUCCCCGCUCCUUCCCCCUCACAACCGCGAAAAUGUUCCGCGCUACUAGCUCUCGCAUGGCUGGCUUCGUGUUCCGUGAGAACCGUGUGCCCUACUACCAGCGUCUCUUCCAGAACCACGACGGCAAGCGCCAGUGGUGGAAGACCUCCCGCUCCGGUUACAUCAUGUGGCCCUACCUGAUCACCACCUACACUCUCGGUGCUGCUUCCAUGUACGGCAUGUGCCGCAUGGUUCUGGGCAAGAAGACCUGGUACUAA